UCGCAGGACGAAGAGAGCGGCCGGAGAAGAUGGGCAAAGCGGCGGAGCACGACUGCGGAAUCCUCAGUGAAGGAGGUCGCUGCUUCUGCAAGAACAGUGGAAUUGAGAAAUCCGACGAGUCCAUGGUCUCCUCUCACAUCAGCGCUCACCAUAAGAUGGGGAGCGACACGCAGCAGGAUGUUAGAGAAGGCAAAACAAAAGAUGGAAAAUCCAAUAUAUGCCCGGAAUGUGGUGCUGCUUUCAAAAAGCCUGCUUACUUGAAGCAGCAUAUGCUAAGCCAUUCGCUCGAGAGGCCAUACAUCUGCUCAAUAGAUGGUUGUCAAGCCAGUUAUAGAAGAAAGGAUCAUUUGACUCGCCACCUACUCCAACAUCAAGGAAAUGUAUUCAAGUGUCCAAUUGAGAGCUGCAGCAAUGAAUUUGCAAGUCAAGACAGUUUGAAAAGACACUGGAAAAAUUUCCAUGAAGAUGAUGCUCGUCCUGAAGCUAAAUGUGAGAAGCAGUUUGUUUGUCCAGAAGAUGGAUGUGGAAAGGUGUUCAGAUAUGGAUCUCAAUUGCAAAAACAUGAGGAUUCCCAUGUUAAGCUGGAUUCAAUAGAGGCAUAUUGUGCUGAACCGGGUUGCAUGCGACCUUUCACCAACAAGCAAUGUCUUAAGGCUCAUAUACAAUCCUGCCACCAAUAUAUUAAAUGUGAGAUAUGUGGAUCUGAAAAAUUGAGGAAGAACAUCAAACGACAUCUACGUAAGCAUGAAAGUGAAGGUCCACAAAAGAUAAUUCAAUGCCCGCAUGAGGGCUGUAGUAAAGUGUUUUCAACUGAUUCAAAUCUCCGCCAACAUAUGAAGGUUGUGCACCUGGAACAAAAACCUUUUGAGUGUAGCUUUUCUGGUUGUGGCAUGAGAUUUGGGUACAGGCAUGUUAGAGACAAUCACGAGAGAAGUGGCCACCAUGUUUACAUUAAUGGGGAUUUUGAAGUAGCUGAUGAACAAUUCCGCUCAAAGCCAAGGGGAGGGCGAAAAAGGAAGUGUCCAACCGUCGAAAUGCUCAUACGAAAGAGGGUUACCCCCCCAAGUGAGUUGGACUUCAUGUUGAAUGAGGAAUGCUAGCUAGUCUUUGGCUGCCACUUUGUUGGUAGGCAUCCUAUUCGAAAGGUUUCAAAGCCCUCUGUCACCAGUUCAUGUCCAUUUGAUUCAAAGCCCUCUGUUACCAGUUCAUGUCCAUUUGAAGUAUUUGAUGCCUAACCAAUGUAUAGAAUCUGUGUAUAAUAGCCCCUCAACCCCCAUAGAGGGAAAUAGAAUAGUCCUUAGAUAUGGUAUUGAAGUAUUGUAGCUGUUUAUUAGAAAGUUCUAGUAGUAGUUUUCCAAGCUUAGCUUAGUGGACAAAGUACUAAUUUUCCACUCUGCAUCAUCUGGUGUAAAAGAAAUUCUAGUAUAGUUAUUUUUGUGCCUCAUUAGCAGAGUAAAAUCAGGAAGUUCAUUUCAUUAAUUCAGAACAGGGUUUUACUUUUGUUUUUACAGGUUUCAAAUUAAACUUUAAGGUAAAGAUUAAGUUUGUUUCUCACUAUUUUGGUAAGAGAAAUAUUGUUUGUUGUGUAUGAUUACGUGAAACAGAUACAGUGAUGAACUUGGUGUA